AUGACACAUCGCUAUUCUUCAAGUUCGUCACGACCGAAUGUUAAUUUCGGUACUACAGUUUCAAAUAAUUCAGAAUUCAACAGGCAACAUUCAAUAUUAUCUUAUCAUAUCAAAGAGACUCAUGUUUCUAUUGUCGAUCCGAUUCAUGAUAAUACACCAACAAAUGAACAAAGAAAGGAAAUCAGAUCAUCAUUAAAAACUCCAAUUACUUACAAUGAUGAUUUCAUUCCUAUCGAUGAUUUUUCUAAUGGUUUUACAUAUGAAUCACAUUUAGGUCGCUUUUGUAAGAAUGUUAUUGUUGUUUCAGCAAGACAUCCACAUAGUUUCUUCUUACAAACAAUCGAUGAUCUUACUUAUAGUGAUAAUUUUUUUUCAAAAAUGAAGUAUAUAUUUAUAUUUCAUCUUUUCUAUUCAAAAACAAAAAAUGUCUAA